AUGUCAUGGAAGGAGGAAGAAGAGGCCUUAAGAAAGGACACAGAAGACCUUAAGAUAUGGAUCGAUAUGAUAGAGAAUAUGAAUGACGAGCAGCUAAAGGGGUACCUAGAAAAUCAUGCUGGAGAAUUAAAACUGACAAAGCCUCAAAAACCCAAGAAUAAGGUCCAAAGCACUGUGAAGUCGAAGUCUUCGACCUCCUCCAACGGGAUUUUGGCUUCAGUUUGGAGGUUCCACAAAAAGUAG